AUGCUUCAGCCAGCAGCCAUCACGACAUUGCUCUCGCAGCUCAUCGAUGAGAACACCGGAGAUACUACGUCAAUACGACCACACACUGCGCUCCUCACCCUCCUCGAAUCGUCCGAACUGUAUGCGGUAGCAACGACGCUGGCGGAGACAACGCCGAGUCGAUCCGCCGUAGCUUCAAUCCUGGCCAGUACAGCAGCAGCGGCGGGCACAGCACCUCCACCACCAUCUUACGCGGGGCAUGGGCGUUCGGCACCGCUGACCCUCGACGAGCGGGCGGCCUGUCUCUCUGCCAUCGCGGUGACGUCUUGGAGGCAAGCGACGGAAGGUGCAAAGCCGGAGACGGAAAGUAAGAGUAAGAAUGUGGUGAUGCCGGGAUCCUCUGUGUCGGUGGCCAAGCACGCAGUGACAGGCAUGACGAGUGCAUCUGGGAAGAAGGCUUCGACCAAAGAAGUGGUGCCUCUGCUGCUAGAAAGCGACCUGGGCAGGAUACUCGUCAUGCCUAUCAUCCCAUCAGCACCAGCAGUCAGCGCUUCCAGAGGCGAGCUCGCAGCGAUGGACGACUCACACGAUGAGUCAACGAGCUUUGCGGACCAUCAGAAGCCGUUCAUGCUCCUCACGCUCAACGCGCCCUCCGACGGACCAUCGAACAAGACGUCCUCGACGCCCAACGCUAGUGCCAACAGCAACACUAUGAGUCCAGCGCUCGCCUCCUCCACCGCCACUCUUUCAGCGAACAAUGCGGGCCGCUCAAGACUCCGUUCGGGAGGCAACACGCCUACUUCCAUUCGCUCAGACACACCCUCCCGCUCGCCCACUUCCGACACCUUUCCAACCUCAGUGACCAUGGGCGGUCCGCAGAGCUCCUCGUUCAGCCCCUCAGGAGCUGAAGCGGAGGUCGCGGCAAGCGCGACCAGCAGCGCCGAAGAGGAUGCCAGGGAGGCAAAAGCCUGGUCGGCAUUGUAUGCGCGAGCCAAGGCGCUUGCCAGAGUGCUGGCUCCAAGUCUGACCAAGUGCGGCGUGGGACAGCAUCACAUUGAUGAGCAUCAUGACGGUCGAGGUAGUGGCAUGGUCAGCGACGACGAUGCCGAGGCUUGA